UGCAAAUUUGCUUCUACCAGUAUAAAUACUAUGUUCUUUGAUUGAGAAACCAUCAGUCGCUUUACACCUAUCGAAUCUUAACAUACCCUCAAUUAAAUUCUUGGAAAUGGCUUUCAAAUUCUUGGCCCUCCUUGCUCUGGUGUCUGCCGCCAGUGCCGCUGUUCUACCAGUUGCCAUCAAGUCUAUUGAAUACCAGGAUGGUCCAGCUGAGUACCAGUUCGCGUACUCCGUCCAUGAUGACCACACCGGGGACAUCAAAAGCCAACAGGAGGAACGUCACGGCGACAAUGUGAAGGGACAGUACACGCUGAUCGAUGCCGAUGGCUAUCGCCGAAUUGUCGACUAUACCGCCGAUGAGCACAAUGGAUUCAACGCCGUGGUACACCGUGAACCACUAGGACAGAAGAUUGUCAAGACCGUUGUCCCAGUUGCCAAGGUUGUUGCUCCAAUUGCUCAGCACUACGUUGCUCCUGUGGCCAAGAUCGCCUAUCCCGUUCACAAGGUUGCCCUCCCAGUUGCCAAGGUAGCUGUCCCAAUUCAGAAGGCUGCAUAUUCCAACAACCUGGCCACUGUUAGCUUCUCUGCCCCAAGUCUGAGUUACCAGUAUUAGGAUUUUUAUAUCGAUUUGUUGAUAAGUCUAGAACGAUUAUACUGUUAUGCAUAAUUAUAAUCAAUUAUUUGUUUUAAUUACUGAAAUACAUUGAUGACGUGAUUUUAUUGUA